AUAAACAGAUGACAAGUUACAUAGUGUUCAUAAUGAACAACAUGAAAAUGAAGUGUUAAUAAUGCCCACCAGUAUAAUAAGAAUUAUCCAUCCAACCUGUAUUAGAUUAGUUGUGGAAGAAACAAUCAAAUUAUACUACUCUUUAGAGAAUACAAAAUUAUACCUUGAAAUUGAAUCACAAUAUAUUAAUGUUAGUGAAGAGCAGGCUUUUGCAAUUGAAAGUUUAAUUCAUUCAUAUCCACAAUUUAUAAGUGUUAAGGACUUAAAAUUAUCAACAUUAGAAGAAAAAAUCUUGUGAACCGCCAGGGAGGUUGGAGGUCUCCCUUUCCGGCGACAGGUCGUUAAACCUGCUCACUGUCAAGAUGGCUUAAAUGUUUCUUCUUCCCUUUCCCGCGGUAACGGGAUUUAAUUGUUCGGAUCGAGUGGAGGAGGGAGGAGUGCCGUCAGUAAGGUGGCAGGCGAUAUACGAGUAAACUGAGGACACCAAUUUAACAAGGAAACAAUGAUUUAUUAGCUAUCUACAUAGACGGUACAAUAACUAUUAUCGAGGGAAAUUUAUGAGUCCUUAAAAUGCAAAGGGUCUAGAGAGAGUUCACAAAAAUUUGUUCCAUACCUCUUUAGGUUGAUAGAUCUCUUGAGGAAAUUAUAUUUUUCUCUUUGAGGAAAAUAAUAGACAUAGGACGCAAUAUUCGUAGCACACAGUAUUAAAGUGACGGCGGAUGAACGACUCCCCCGAGAGGGGGAAGCAAGUGGCUUAUAUAGUUUCGUCGUGGGAGAAUGGUCAGGUGACCAAUUGUUGUGAGGUAAAAGAUACUCGGAUGGGUCAAAGUUGUCCCCAGGCCCAUGCUAACUAUCAACUUUGGAGUUGAAUGUGGGAUUGUUUUCGAAAUGGACGGAUGUCUACUUUGAACGAAAGGGGAGAACGAAAGGGGCCUUUUUUUAAGCUAGGUUUUAGUUUAGAAUUUAAAGGAAAAUUUAAUUGGGGGUUUAGAAAAAUGCAGGAUAUUAAUCAGAAAAUUUGGUAAAAAUUCCGAAUUUCGCAUUCACUCCCUGUUUUCUUUAAAAUCGCACUUAGUAGUGUGAUUUUAAACUUUUUGAGUGUUCUGUCUGAGUAGAGGUGCUCAGUAGCAAGUGAGAGAGUUUUUUCAAUUUCUGGCAAU